UUUUUUUUGGGGGGGGUUGUUUCGGGAAGGAAGCAGCACGCAGGACAUCGUCACAACCGAGCACUCGUGCUACAACAAACAGGGAAGAGAGAGAGAGCGAGAUCACUUCCUCGUGUUGAGGAUCUACUCGCGUUUGUGUGUUUUGGAGGGGAGCGCAGGCGGCCCGCGUCGCCUCGUCUGCUGCCUCUGCAGCCCGGUGGUGCCUCGAAGGAAAGAAGCCCCCCCCCCUCCAACCCCAACCCCAACCCCAACGGGCCACAUAAAAGUGAUGCUGCUGUUGUGUGGACGUCAACUUGUUUUGGCACGAUGUGGAAUGUCUUCACUGUGGGUCACAGCGCUGCAGCCGCCGAGGGGAUUACAGCAGAAUAGGAGAGCUGUGUCUGCACUCUGAGCCUCGCUGGAUGGAAGGAAGGUCUAGAGCUAGAAAAAAGGAUUUAUUUCCCAGUGAGGGGAAGCCAUAGACACAGCACAUUUAACACGGAGGUAAGCUUGACAUCAUUUCUAGAAGUAUUUAGGAGCUAAAUCUUUCGGUAGACAGCUGCCUAGUGUCGAGCAAAGACAAAUUCAGCGUAAGGGGUGCUUUAAGAGGGGUUGGUCAUAGCCUCUCCAGGCAUGUGCUAAGGCGAGCUCCACCGAGGUCCUUUUUCAGCCAUUACUGUUGCUACAGAGACAGAGCUGGGAGAGUGGAGAGCUGUUUGGUUCCCCUGGCUAAAGCGUGAGGCGCAGGCUGCCCUUUAACCAUCUCAGGAAUCGGGUCCAAAUAAAAAGGACACAAGAAAAACAAAACACGGAAGGCUACGAGUUGGAGAAGAGAAGAAAGGGGAGGGGGAAAUUGAAAUCCACAGGCAUGCAAAACUAAAAAGUUGCCACUGAGAGACUGUUUCCAGGUCAUAGUGGAGUGGGAGGAGACUGAACUGCUCUUGUUUUUUUCUGCCAAACACCCUCCUCCUCCUCGAUGCUGUAGCCUAUUUUUCGUUCUCAUUGACAUCUGCUUGUUUAGCCUGAGGACUUUUUAUUUUUUUAUUUCCUCAGUUGUGCUAUUAUACUCUAAAAUAAUCCAAGGGUCCUAUUUAACACGUGAGAGCACAGGCAAGCAGAAACUACUAAUUCUCUCCAGGCGAGGGAGAAACACUCUAUAGACUUUAUUAUUAUUAUUAUCAUUAUUUUUAUAUUUAUGUUACCUUGACAGCAGCCACACAUCUUGGCUGCCUGUCCCGUUUUCUUCUGCCGUGGUUCGGUAACCAAGCGAUGGCCAUGGUGAGUGGGGGCUGGGGAGAUCCCAAUGGGGGCACCAACGGGCUGGGGGACAAGAGCUACCUGAGGGGGGAGGAGGAAGACGGCUCUCCCCAGGCGGGAGGCAGCGACAUGGAGGCCGGAGACGACGACAAGUCGUGCGUGGUGGACUGCGUGGUGUGCGGGGACAAGUCCAGCGGGAAACAUUACGGCGUGUUCACGUGCGAGGGCUGCAAGAGCUUCUUCAAGAGGAGCGUCAGACGCAACCUCAGCUACACUUGCAGGUCAAACAGAGAGUGCCAGAUUGACCAGCACCACAGGAACCAAUGCCAGUACUGUCGGCUGAAGAAGUGUUUCCGUGUUGGCAUGCGCAAAGAAGCAGUUCAACGCGGACGUAUCCCCCCUCAGCCGAGCCUCAGCCCCUCUAUAACGCCCAUAGGUGGCGCGAGUGGCCUCGGAGGCGGUGACUUCUAUAACAACAACAACAACAACGGGGGAAGCGGCGGGGGUCAGCCGGUGUCCGAGCUGAUUUCCCAGCUGCUGCGAGCCGAGCCUUACCCCAGCAGUCGGUUUGGACACCAGUACAACCAGCAGGCGGGCCCCGAUAACGCCAUGGGGAUCGAUAACAUCUGUGAACUGGCUGCCAGGCUACUCUUCAGCACCGUGGAGUGGGCCAGAAGCAUCCCCUAUUUCCCUGAGCUGCCGGUGUCAGACCAGGUGGCCCUCCUGAGGCUGAGCUGGAGCGAGUUGUUCAUCCUCAACGCGGCGCAGUCGGCGCUGCCGCUCCACAUGGCUCCCCUGUUGGCCGCGGCCGGCUUCCACUCCUCGCCCAUGUCUGCGGAGCGCGUGGUGUCCUUCAUGGACCAGGUGAGGGUGUUCCAGGACCAGGUGGACAAGCUGACCCGGCUGCAGGUGGACUCGGCUGAGUACAGCUGCCUCAAGGCCAUCGCGCUGUUCUCACCAGAUGCCUGUGGUCUAACAGACCCAGUCCACGUGGAGUCUCUGCAGGAGAAGGCUCAGGUGGCUCUGACAGAGUACGAGAGGAUGCAGUACCCGAGUCAGCCUCAGCGCUUCGGGCGCCUGCUCCUGCGCCUCCCCGCCUUGCGCGCCGUUCCCGCCAGCCUCAUCUCGCAGCUCUUCUUCAUGCGCCUGGUAGGAAAGACACCCAUCGAGACGCUGAUCCGUGACAUGCAGCUCUCCGGAAGCUCCAUCAGCUGGCCGUAUGUCCCGGGACAGUAGCCCCCUUUAGGGGCGAGGUCUCCGUCCGGGAUUUGUGACGACAAGGACCCACAGGAAACCUCCUGACUCAUCACUAUCCAUCUGUGUGGUUGUCAAACUGCAGUGCCAGCUGGCCGUCAUAUGUACUGUACUGUAAGCGCUCUAUUUCCCCCUCAUGAAACGAGCUCUCUGUCUCCACACGGGCCUCCAGUGGAGAGACGAGCCAGCGCCAGGCUGGAUCUGUCUUGUUGCCAACCCAGUCGUUCUGGUGCCAGGUCUCAGGCCAGAGACCAGCUUUUCAUGCUGGGCUCCGAUAUGGCCACCACAGCCAGUCAUGUCACCACCCACAUGCCAUAGUGACUAAAGACGCUGCAGUUUCAUGUAGAGGGCAGCAGCACCCUGCUACAAAUACAUCCCAGAGGACAAAACUGUCCCACAGCUGAAAGUCGGCAGAACAAUUCCCCCCCCCCACACUGGGCUCAUUUUCCACGGCUCACCAUUUGUGAUACGGUGACCUUUUUAUCCACACAGCUGAUAACAUUACAAUACAGUAUCAUGAUGAGAAAGGACCGACUGGAUCAGCGGUGAACUCAAUAUAAGAGAAAGUAAAGGCCUUGUUGUUGAAGAGAAACUUUUGAAUUCACCGCGCUCUCAGCUCGACGCUGAGGACGAGGUCAACGAGCUGAUCAAAUGGAACAGAAAGAAAAUAAAACCAAGGAAAAAUCACCAAAGUCUAACACAUCAUCCUCCGAGAUGGUUUUCUAAAUAGAAUAAUUAGUACACAAAGCAGAGA